CCCGUUGCACGACUCUUCUCUCGACCUUGUCCAGUACACCUCUCUUUGCUCCCCCAAACAGGAUGACGGAUACAAACCCAUCGAUGGGCGCCAUCGUCCACUGCGACGUCCUGGUCGUCGGGGCCGGCUUCAGUGGCAUAUCCAUGCUAUAUCGUCUCCGUAAGGCGGGCUUGAACGCAAAGGUCUUCGAGUCGGGAGGCGACUUUGGCGGCGUCUGGUACUGGAACCGGUACCCGGGAGCCCGUGUGGACUCGGAGUGGCCCUACUAUCAAUUGAACAUCCCCGAGGUAUGGCGCGACUGGGAGUUCACCGAAAAGUUCCCCGGCCACAAGGAGAUCCGGGCGUACUGCGCGCACGUCGACAAGGUGCUCAACCUGCGCAAGGACGUCCAGUUCAACGCGCACGUGGUCGAUGCUCGAUGGAGCAAGAGCGACGAGAAGUGGACGGUCAAGACUGAGCAAGGCCAUAUUGCCCAGAGCAAGUACUUGAUCCUAUGCACUGGCUUGCUGCACCGUAGGCAUAUCCCGGAUUUCCCCGGAUUGACAAAAUACAACGGAGUCCUGCAUCACACCGGCUUCUGGCCCGAAGACAUGAGUGUGAAGGGAAAGAAAGUGGCCAUCAUCGGGGCUGGCGCCACCGCCGUGCAGGUCGUGCAGGAAUUGGCAAAGGAAGCCGACCAACUCACCGUCUUCAUGCGACGGCCGAGUCUGUGCUUGCCGAUGGGCCAACGCCCGCUCAGCCCCGAAGAACAGAAGGGGUGGAAGUCUUAUUUCCAGGCUCUGUUCCGCGAGGGCCGUCAGUCGAGGGCCGGAUUUCCCGGUUCAGCCGAGCCAUGCGGCGUGUUUGAUGUGUCCGACGAAGAGCGCGAGCGGCAUUUUGAAGAAAUCUGGCAGAGAGGAGGCUUCAAUUACCUCAUGGUAAACUACAACGACGUGGUCCUGAGCAAAGAAGCAAAUCAAAAGGUGUACGAUUUCUGGGCUAAGAAGAUGAGGCAGCGGAUCAAGGACCCAAGGAAGCAGGAGUUGAUGGUGCCCGUCGAAGCACCUUAUUACUUUGGCACUAAGAGAUGUCCGCUGGAACAGGACUACUACGAGAUGCUCGAUCGGCCGAAUGUCCACAUUGUCAACAUGAACCAGAACCCGCUCAAGACCUUCAACGCCACCGGCAUGUUGAUGGAGGACGGCACGCAGAUGGAUUUCGACGUGGUGGUUCUGGCGACAGGAUUCGACUCGUUUUCGGGAUCGUUGACACAGAUGGGAUUGAAGAACAAGGACGGUGUCGACAUCAAGGACGUCUGGAAGGAAGGGAUCCGGACGUACCUUGGCAUGACAUUCAACGGCUUUCCGAAUGCCUUCAUGGUCUACACUCCCCAUGCCCCGACCGCCCUGUCGAACGGACCGACCAUCAUUGAAGCGCAGAGCGACUUUAUUCUCGCGGCGAUCGAGAAGCUGGAGAAGGAGGGCGCCGCGACGAUCGAGCCGAACCGCGACGCCGAGGACGAGUGGGACGGCAUGAUCGACGCCAUGAACAAGCACACGCUCUUCCCGCUCACCAACAGCUGGUGGAACGCGUCCAACAUCCCGGGCAAGAGGGUCCAGAUCCUGACCCACCCGGGCGGCAUCCAGAUGUACGAGGCGCAGUGUCGCGAGACGCUGGGCGACUGGAAGGGCUUCACUGUCGUGCACGGGGCGAGCAACGGCGUCGCCAAGGAUAACGGCGUGCAUGCUACGGAGAAGAGCGUGGAGAUUGCCGUCCCGGUGUAGUUGAAGCUUAGCUGGAGUCGUGAGGUCGAGGUCGAGGUCGAGGCUGAUAUAUGUUACACAUGUCCGCUGGAGGAGGGACUAUACAAGAUUGAGAAUCAGGGGCCGGAGCAAGAAGUUGAGUUGAAAUCAACGUGAAGGUGUGAAAGAUGAAUUCGAUGAAUGUCAAGCGGCUCAACCUCUCUUUGAUCAAAACUAUUUCCAUUCUUCGAAAGAUUUAUCUCUUUUUCUACACACCCCUUUUUCGUCCCCUGACAAACCCUGGUCGACGG